AUGGGGACUCAAAAACAAUGGAAGGCAGUAUUUUGGCAUGAGCUGUGGGUGGUCUAUUUUGUUGUCUUGUGGAUUAUAACAGAAGCACAGCCACGGUGCACCAUUCCGGAAGAAUUAAAGGACGGUUCUGUUGUUGGAAAUAUAGUCAAAGAUCUUGGUAUUGGAGUUUCUGAGAUUUCUGACCAUAAAUUGCAGAUAGCUUCUGAAUCCAUUAAGCAGUAUUUCAGUUUGGAUUUAGAAAACGGUGAGGUGGUUGUGAGGGAAAUAAUAGACAGAGAAGAUCUAUGCGGACAAAGCACCAGCUGCGUGCUGCCACUGCAGAUAAUGACUGAAGAUCCACUUCAAUUUUACCAUGUGGAGGUCGAAAUCCAAGACAUAAAUGACAACUCCCCGCGCUUUCACGCGGGCACAAACAAUAUAGACUUGCCUGAGUCGACGCUUCCAGGAGCUAAAUUUCUUUUGGAGCCUGCCCAAGACCAGGAUGCUGGAUCAAACUCUUUGCGAACGUACGCGUUAAAUAAAAACGACCACUUUGUCUUGAACCUUAAGAAUAACAAGGAUGGGAUGAAAGUCCCAAAGCUUGUGCUGGAGGAGGCUUUUGACAGGGAAAACCAGACAGUUCAUCACCUUAUAUUGACAGGCAUUGAUGGGGGCAGUCAGGCUAGAUCAGGUAGUACUCAAAUUGUAGUGAAGGUGCUAGAUGCUAAUAACAAUGCCCCUGUCUUUGAACAGGAUUCAUAUGAGGUUAAAGUAAUUGAGAAUUGCGCUGUAGGUAUGCUGGUACUCACUGUAAAAGCAAAUGACUUGGAUGAAGGGACGAACAGUGAAAUAGAGUAUUCGUUUGGGGCGCAUACCUCAGAAACUAUUCAGGCUUACUUCAAUAUCAACUCAGAUACGGGAGAAUUAUAUGUGUCUAAACAAAUUGAUUAUGAAAGCAGUAAGUCAUACUAAUUUGAUGUAAGAGCUCGAGACAAAGGAGCCCUCUCCAUGGAAGGGCAUUGUAGAGUUCAGGUUAUAGUUGUGGAUGUAAAUGAUAAUGCUCCAGAGAUCACCAUAGCCUCCACACCUAAACCUGUGCGCGAGGAUGCUCCGGCUGGCACCAUGGUAGCGUUGAUAAAUGUUAAAGACUUGGAUUCAGGCCUUAAUGGAAACGUAACUUUAUUGAUGUCUCCUAACCACCCUUUCAAUCUAAAGCCAACAUUUUCUAAUCAUUACGCACUGGUUACGGAUGUAAAAUUAGACCAAGAGCAGUUCCUGGAAUACGGGAUUGAGCUCAUAGCUUCCGACUUUGGAACACCGCCCGUAAUAAUGAGCAAAUUUAUUAAGGUAAUUCUAUUAGAUAUAAACGAUAAUAGCCCUGUUUUUUCUCCCAUAUAUUCUGUUUAUGUUAAAGAAAACUGCGCCCCAGGAUCGAUUCUGUCUUCGGUAUCAGCUUCGGAUCUAGAUACGGGAGAAAAUGCUAAGAUCACUUAUUCAGUUCUUGAUUUGAAAAGUCAAGGCAUACCUGUCUCCUCUUACGUCUACAUUAACUCAGAAAAUGUUAGUAUAUUUAGCAUGCAUUCAUUUGACUACGAAAAAAUGAAGCUCCAAGUUCAGGCAAAAGACCACAGCUCCCCAUCUUUGACCAGCAACGCCACAGUUCACGUUUUUAUUCUGGACCAGAACAACAAUGCACCUGUGGUUAUUUACCCCUCCGCAGACAUGGGCUCCAUGUCUCAUCAGAGGAUGCCCUGCUCUCCUAAAGCAGAACACCUCGUUACUAAGGUAACAGCAGUGGACGCUGACUCGGGCCAUAACACCUAUAUUUCCUAUCGGCUAGCGGAGGUGACGGAUGUGUCCCUGUUCAGUGUGAAUUUGCAUACGGGAGAGGUGAGGACUAACCGCUCUGUUUCAGAGCAGGAUGACUCCUCUCAGAGACUGCUGAUAGAGAUAAAGGACAAUGGAGAACCAAUUCAGUCCACCACAGUCACCGUGGAUAUACUGAUAAAGGACGGCUUUCAUGAGCCUGUACCAGACCCUCGUAAGAAAACUACAGAGCUCAAUCAGAAAAGUGGCAAAAUCACAUUAUAUGAGUAUUCAUUACAGUGUAGCCCUGGCGAGCAUAUACGUUUGUUUUAA